AUGAAAAUAUUGUCCAAAGGCUGUGAAAUAGUGGCUGUACAAAAUGAGAAGAUUCACUCAAUCAAGAGUGAACACUAUCUCAAAAAUGAAGAUGUUGAAUUGUACAUAUUUUAGGAUGAAAGUGUCAAAUCCAUAGAAUACAUACAUUACAAAGAUAUUCUCAGGAAAGGUAAACCUAAUUACAUUCUAGGAAUCAAAAAAAUUAGUGGAUCAGGAGGUUUGGAAAUAGUUAUUGCGAAUUGCAUCAAUCCAAACACAUUAAUUAUGGAAUAAAAUGACUAAGAAUUCAAUUGUCAAGCAGUUAGAAAAUGGUUAAACUUUAAGUCUUAGAAUUAGUUGCAUCAAUUCAGUUAACUCUACAGAACCCUUAAAGAUCUCUAAAAUGCAUAAACUACAGCCAUUCGAGUCAAAUAACAUGAUACACUAGAUGUCUUUCACAGUUGUGUGGAUCUCUCACACCUUACUAAUAGAAAUGACAGUCUCAAAGAAUUAGAAUAGUAGUAUGUCUAAGGUCAAAUGAAAUGGGCAUAAAUUGAUAUGGAAAAUGCUGAACUAGCCACUAGUAUUCAAUAAUUGCAACACGAAUUGUAACAAAGAAAGCAAUAAAUCAAUAAACUUAAAUUCCAAUACGAGAAUAAUGCCUAUUAAUUAAUACAAUCCAAACAACAGUUGGGAGACGUCAUCAAUUAAGCUCUUGAAAUAAAAGAUUCCUAAAUUUUAGCAAAACUUGGAUUAUGA